UCAAGUCCUUUUCCUAUGCGUUUCUCUGUGAUUGAGACAAGUCUUAGAGAGGUUUUGUGCAUUUGUAUAAAAUAAGAGUUGACAAUGGUGUCUUAUAAACCAGUCUCGCAUGUGCUUUUCGACAUGGACGGGUUGUUGUUAGAUACCGAGAGGUUGUACACGCUCUCUUUCCAGGAGAUCUGCGAUCGCUUUGGGAAGACGUACACAUGGGAGGUCAAAUCUUCCGUGAUGGGAAAGAAGGCGUUGGAUGCCGCAAGGAUCAUCCGAGACGCUCUGGAACUGCCCAUGACGAGUGAGAAGCUGCUGGAAGAGAGCAGAGAAAUACAGGAACGUCUUUUCCCCUCUGCAUCUCUUAUGCCAGGUGUGGAGAAGUUGGUCACACAUCUUUAUAAGCACAGAAUCCCCAUCGCGGUGGCCACCAGCUCCGCUGGUGUGACCUUCCAGAUGAAGACAAGCCGCCAUAAAGACUUCUUCAACCUGUUCAGACAUGUCGUUCUGGGAGACGACCCGGAAGUGAAAAAUGGGAAGCCUCAGCCUGACUCGUUCCUGGUGUGCGCCAGCAGGUUUGACCCCCCUGCUAACCCAGAGCAGUGUCUGGUUUUCGAAGACGCGCCCAACGGAGUGAAAGCAGGCUUGGUGGCCGGCAUGCAAGUGGUCAUGAUUCCUGAUCCGAACCUGGACCGUAGACUUACACAAGAAGCCACACUGGUGCUUGACAGCAUGGAGGACUUCAGACCCGAGCUCUUUGGCCUUCCUGCUUACAAUUAAAUGUCAUAGCUUUCCCACAAUCAGACAAUCUAAAACUGUAUCAAGCUGUUAUGAACAGAUCUAUCAAGUCCGUUCUUAUGAAUCAUGUAAACACUGAUGACCAGUUUGUUGGAGUGAUUUUUUAAUGUAACAAAUACAUAGUUUUCAUUCAUAUCAGAUUCGAGAUGUUUAAGGAAUGAACUGAAAAGAAGAGACACUUCAGUGUACAGUUGAGUCUGAUCAUAAAUAUAAAGAAAAUGAAACAAUGCUCUGUCUAUUAUGAUUCAGAAUAAAGUGUUGUGGUUUGACAGUG